CUGCGGAGUCACCGGAGACGCUUGUUUGUUAAGAUGCCUUGUGAGAGGAAGCCGAUGCGCUACGGGCACUCCGAGGGACACACCGAGGUCUGCUUCGACGACUCUGGGAAGUUCAUUGUUACUUGUGGCAACGACGGAGACGUUCGGAUCUGGGAAAGUCUGGACGAUGACGAUCCAAAGUUCAUCACUGUCGGGGAGAAGGCCUAUUCACUGGCGCUCAGGAACGGCAAGCUGGUGACGGCGAGUUCCAACAACACGGUUCAGAUGCACACGUUUCCUGACGGGGAUCCGGACGGCAUCCUGACCCGGUUCACCACCAACGCCACACAUGUCACCUUCAACAGCAGCGGCUCCAGAGUCGCUGCCGGGUCCAGCGACUUCAUGGUGAAGGUGGUGGAGGUGUCGGACAGCAGCCAGCAGAAAACGCUGCGAGGUCACGAAGCCCCGGUUCUCAGUGUCGCCUUUGACCCCAAAGACGACUUCUUGGCGUCUGCCAGCUGCGACGGCUCGGUUGUCGUGUGGAACAUUGAGGAGCAGACUCAGGUGAUCAGUUGGCCUCUGCUGCAGAAGACGAACGACGUCAGCAACGCCAAGUCUCUGUGUCGCUUAUCCUGGCAGCCGAGAACAGCGAAGCUUUUAGCGGUUCCCGUAGAAGCGAAGGUGCACCUUUAUGAACGAGGCUCCUGGGAACACGUGAGCAGUUUGUCGGAUGAUCUGCUCACACAGGUGAGUCCAGGCAAACACAAACUGAAACCUCUGUCGCUGUUGUCCCAGAUCGUCUACACCGACACCGAGGGCUGCCUGGGCCUCCUGGACGGACUGGGCGGCUCCACCACCGGCACCGGCAAGCAGGCGUCGGUCAAAAAGCCAGCGGGAGACUACGACGACCUGUUCGACGACGACGACAACAGACUGAUGGAUGAAGGACUCAGCGACACAAACUCGCCGGUCAAGAAGCCCGUCGCCCCCGACGACGACGAUGACGACGACUUCCUGAUGCCGGCGACCGGCCGGGUGAGGAACCGAGGGGCGAUCCUGGACGAUGAGAACUCCCUCGACACGGGAUCCCUGCGACUCGGUCAGGACCGGUUCGGAGACGAUGACGAUGCCGGCAGCGCUGUGGUUCCUGCUUCGGCUCCGCUGGUUCCCCUUCGUCCCGUCUACGAAGGGCCGAUGCCGACACCUCCUCAGAGGGCCUUCCAGUCUGGAUCCACUCCAGCUCAUCUUACACAUCGCUUCUUGAUGUGGAACUCUGUGGGGAUCAUCCGAGGCUACAACGACGAGCAGGACAACGCCAUCGACGUGGAGUUCCACGACUCGGCCGUGCACCACGCCAUGCACCUCACCAACUCUCUGGGCCACACCAUGGCCGAUCUCUCCCAGGAGGCCGUGCUGCUGGCCUGCCCCAGCACCGACGAGCUCGCCAGCAAGCUGCAGUGCCUCCACUUCUCGUCGUGGGACACCAACAAGGAGUGGAUGGUGGACCUGCCGCAGGGCGAGGACGUGAAGGCGCUGUGUCUGGGUCAGGGCUGGGCGGCCGUCGCCACCGACACGCUCACGCUCCGCAUGUUCUCCAUCGGAGGAGUCCAGAGAGAAAUCUUCAGCCUGCCGGGGCCGGUGGUCUGCAUGUCGGGACACGGAGAGCAGCUGCUCAUCGUCUACCAUCGAGCUACGGGUUUCGACGGUGAGCAGGCUCUGGGCGUUCAGCUGCUGCAGUUCGGUCGAAGGAGGAGGCAGCUGAUCAACGGAGAAGCUCUGCCGCUGUCUCACAGAUCUCACCUGUCCUGGCUGGGAUUCACCGCCGAGGGCACUCCGUGCUACGUGGACUCAGACGGGGUGGUCCGGAUGCUGAAUCGAUCUCUGGCCAACACGUGGACGCCGGUUUGUAACACCAGAGACACCUGCAAGAGCAAGUCGGAUCACUACUGGGUGGUCGGAGUUCACGAGAACCCUCAGCAGCUCAGAACCCCCGUCCUCAAACCACUGGCACCUCGAGCCAAGACCAAGACUCAGUCCACUCUGCUGCAGAUGACCAGCAGUAAAGCGCUCACUAAGAAGACUCAGGAGAACACAGAACCGGCUGUAGAACGGAAACAACCAGACGCUCCGCCGCCAGCAUCGCCUGCAGACAACACAGAGAGCAAAAGGCCGAAGACGGGCUUCCAGCUGUGGUUGGAGGAGAACAGGAAGAACAUCGUGGCCGACAACCCGGAGCUGGAGGAGACGGAGAUCAUCAAAGAGGCCAUGGGACAGUUCAGGACGCUGUCGGCAGAGGAGAGACUGUCGUGGACAGAAAGAGCGAAAGGCCAAAGUGGAGACGCAGCAGAUCUAAAGAAGAGGAAACGAGCCGAAGGGGCGAGAGAUGUGGAAAACGUAAAUGAAAAUGCAGAAGCUGAUGAAAACAGUGCCAAGAAGAAGAAAUCUCUGGACCCUUCCUCCAAGCUGUCGGCGUUUGCCUUCAACAAAAAUUAAUUGUUGGAACCUUUCGUCCUCCAAACGUGUUCAACCUUUUCUUUAAGUCUGUGAUGGAUCAGUGACCUCUGCUAGUUCUGCUGUCCAUGACGGAGAGCACUUCAUUCUGUUUGUUUUUACCGAAAAGCAAUUUACUGUAUUUUUACAAUUAAAUAAAUGUAAAUGUGAGUUCA